AAAAGAAACGAAGAUUAAAAAAGUGGUUUUAGAAGGAGAAAGUGGGGGUUUUCUAGAGAGAGAAGCAGAAGAAGAUUGAGAUGUGUAUAUAUGAAUAUAGAUAGAUAGAUUGAUAUAGAAAGAGAAAGAAGAGAGAGAAAGAGAGGGUCACAUGGCAUGUGAGCACAGCUGUGUGCAUUGCCCCCUCCUUCCCUCAUAGUCAGUCAGUCCUCUCUCUCUCCUCUUUGAUAAAUACCCUUCUCAUCUUCCUUACUCCGACUUUUGACUCUCCCUCUCUCCCCUCUAUCCCUUUCUCUCUCUAAACCAGAAGCCAAAGCUUUUCUCUGUCCUUCUCUAAUGGCAGAAAGCCACCGGCCCUAAACCGAAACCUUCUUCACUUCAAUCUAUUCUCAAUCGAAAAGCGACAAACACUAAAAAAAGAAAGAAGAGAAAACAAUGAAACCCCACUCUUCUAGUGCCAUUUCACUACUCUCUCUCCUUGUCGCCAUCACCUUGCUCUCUCCCCAGUCACCAGUGGUGGCGGCAGCCUCCUCCUCCGGUUCUAGCGAUGCCCAGAAGCUGUUAAGCUUCAAAGCUUCUCUCCCGAACCAAACCGUCCUCUCCAACUGGCUCCAGAACCAGGACCCAUGUACCUUCAAUGGCGUCACCUGUCAUGGGACCAGAGUCUCCGCCAUAGAUUUAACUCUCGUCUACUUGAGCACGAAUCUCAGCGCCGUCUACUCCUUCCUCAUGACCCUUGAUGGCCUUCAGUCCUUGACUCUGAAAUCCACCAACCUCACUGGCUCCAUUACUCCCUUUCCUUACGGAUCCAAGUGUAGCUCUCUACUCACCUCCGUAGAUCUAUCUCAGAACGGCUUAUAUGGACCCAUUUCGGAUAUUUCUAACUUGGGUUAUUGCUCGAGCUUGAAGUUUCUCAAUCUCUCCUCCAACUCACUCGAAUUUUCGGCAAAAGACUCGGCCGGACUCAGGCUCGGGUUUCGGGUUUUGGAUCUUUCGUGGAAUAAGAUUUCAGGCUCCAACGUUAUCUCUUGGAUCUUAUCCCGUGGUGGGUGUAAUGAGAUGGAGUAUUUGUCUCUCAAGGGGAACAAAAUCACCAGCUCCGACGACGGUGUGAUGAGCUUCUCUGGUUGCAAGAAAUUGGAGCAUUUAGACCUUUCGUCAAACAAUAUCUCACUUGGUAUUCCCUCUUUGGGCGAUUGUUUGGCUCUGAAACAUCUCGACAUCUCCGGCAACAGGUUUUCAGGCGACGUCGGCCGAGCUCUCUCCAGUUGCCGGAACCUCGCCUUCUUGAACCUCACCAGCAACUUGUUCAAGGGUCCUGUUCCGAAUGUCCCGAUGGAAAACUUACAGUACCUCUUGCUUGCUAACAACAAGUUCAGUGGCGGGAUUCCGGUGACCCUGUUUGAUUCCUGCUUGACUUUACUCGAGCUAGAUUUGUCAGUGAACGACCUCGUUGGAAUGAUCCCUGACGCACUAACCUCUUGCACGUCUCUUGAAUCGUUCGACGUUUCCAAGAACAACUUCUCCGGUGAGUUGCCCAUGGACACUUUCAUGAAGCUCCCCAAGUUGAAGUCGUUGGCUCUUUCUCACAACAUCUUUUCCGGGAAGCUACCAGAUUCACUGUCGAGCCUUCCGAGUUUGGAAUCCUUGGAUCUGAGCUCCAACAAUUUUUCUGGGUAUAUUCCAGUUGGGCUUUGCGAGGGACUUGGGAACAGUUUAAAGGAGCUUAACCUUCAGAACAACCUGAUUACGGGUACUAUUCCAGAAACUUUAAGCAACUGUUCUAACCUUGUUUCUCUAGACUUGAGCUUCAAUUAUUUGACCGGUAAAAUCCCACCAAGCUUCGGGUCCUUGACCAAGCUCCGAGACUUGAUCAUCUGGUUGAAUCAACUUAAUGGUGAAAUCCCACAAGCGCUUUCCAAAAUGCAGUCUUUGGAGAAUCUGAUUCUGGACUUUAACGAACUCACUGGGCCUAUUCCUUCUGGCUUAAGCAACUGCAGCAAUCUGAAGUGGAUUUCGCUGUCGAAUAACCGGUUGAACGGCGAGAUUCCGGCUGGGCUGGGCCAGCUUCCAAGUCUCUCGAUACUUAAGCUGAGCAACAACUCUUUCUAUGGAAGCAUUCCGCCGGAGCUUGGGGACUGUAAGAGCCUGAUAUGGUUAGAUCUCAAUACCAACUUUUUGAAUGGCUCAAUUCCUCCUGCGCUUUUCAAGCAGUCUGGGAACAUAGCCGUUAACUUCAUGACGUCCAAGACUUAUGUUUAUAUCAAGAACGAUGGAAGCAAGGAGUGCCAUGGAGCUGGGAACUUGCUGGAGUUUGCAGGCAUUAGACCAGAGCAGCUGAACAGGAUUUCAACCAGAAACCCCUGCAACUUCACACGGGUAUACAGAGGUAGUAUUCAGCCAACAUUUAACCAUGACGGGUCCAUGAUUUUCUUUGACCUUUCUCAUAAUAUGUUAUCUGGAAGCAUUCCCAAGGAGAUGGGGAAAAUGCGGUAUCUUUUGAUCUUGAAUUUGGGUCAUAAUAAUCUCUCCGGAGGAAUUCCCGAAGAGCUGGGAAGCUCAACUAAUCUUAACAUUCUUGAUCUGUCAAACAAUCGGCUUGAUGGGAAGAUUCCUCCGGCUUUGACUCAGCUCUCUAUGUUGAUGGAGAUUGAUCUCUCCAACAACUUCUUAACCGGAAGUAUUCCCGAGACGGGUCAGUUUGAGACCUUCCCACCAUACAGAUUCGUGAACAAUUCGGGACUAUGUGGCUACCCUCUUCCUCUAUGUGGGACUGACUCUGGGAAAGGUGCAAAUUCUCAGCAGAAAAAGUCUCACCGGCUGGCGUCUUUGGCUGGGAGUGUGGCAAUGGGGCUUUUGAUUUCGCUCUUCUGUAUACUUGGCUUUAUCAUAGUUGCCAUUGAAACCAAGAAAAGGAGGAAGAAGAAGGAAUCAAGUCUUGACGGUUACAUCGAUAGUAGAUCGCAUUCAGGAGCUAAUCAUGUAAGCUGGAACCUAACCGGUACCCGUGAAGCCUUGAGCAUCCACCUUGCCACGUUUGAGAAGCCACUCAGGAAACUAACUUUUGCCGAUCUCCUUGAGGCCACCAAUGGCUUCCACAAUGAUAGCUUGAUAGGAAAAGGUGGUUUUGGGGAUGUGUACAAGGCCCAGCUGAAAGAUGGAAGCACUGUAGCCAUCAAGAAGCUGAUUCACAUUAGUGGACAAGGUGAUAGAGAAUUUACAGCUGAAAUGGAAACAAUUGGGAAAAUUAAGCACCGGAAUCUGGUUCCUUUACUUGGGUAUUGUAAAGUAGGUGAAGAAAGGCUUUUGGUGUACGAGUAUAUGAAGUUUGGAAGCUUAGAUGAUGUUUUGCACGACCCAAAGAAAUCUGGGAUCAAGUUGAGUUGGUCUGCGAGGAGGAAGAUCGCCAUUGGGGCUGCCAGAGGACUGGCUUUUCUUCACCACAAUUGCAUCCCUCACAUUAUUCACCGCGACAUGAAAUCGAGCAAUGUUCUUCUUGAUGAGAACUUGGAAGCUCGAGUCUCUGAUUUUGGAAUGGCAAGGCUAAUGAGUGCAAUGGACACCCAUUUGAGUGUCAGCACUCUAGCCGGUACACCAGGUUAUGUCCCUCCAGAGUACUAUCAGAGCUUCAGAUGUUCUACAAAAGGUGAUGUCUAUAGUUAUGGUGUGGUUUUGCUUGAGCUACUUACAGGGAAGCAGCCUACAAAUUCGAUUGAUUUUGGUGAUAACAAUCUUGUGGGGUGGGUAAAACAGCACGCAAGGUUGAAGAUCAGUGAUGUUUUUGAUCCAGAACUCAUGAAGGAGGAUCCAAACCUCGAGAUGGAGCUAUUACAACACUUGAAAGUAGCCAGUGCAUGCUUAGAUGAUCGGCCAUGGCGGCGUCCAACAAUGAUUCAGGUAAUGGCAAUGUUCAAGGAAAUUCAAGCAGGUUCAGGGAUUGAUUCUCAAUCCACCAUUGCCACUGAUGAUGGAGGUUUUGGCUCAGUUGAAAUGGUAGAGAUGAGCAUAAAAGAAGAGGCUCAGAACUAAGCUACAAGCAGUAAAAGGAGGACAAACAAGAAAAGAAAAGGAAGAAAAAAAUGUUGGAACCCCCAAAAAAAUUUCCAUAGAUUCUUUGGAAGAAAGAAGAAAGAAGGUGGAGAAAGAUAUUUCUCUCAGCUCCCCCCAAAAAUUUUCCCUCUUCUUUACCACUUUCAAAUGGGUUAGGAAUUUGUUCCUCUUUGUGUAUGAUUCUCUACCAUUGAAUGUAUGUAAAACUUGUUAUUUAUACAUAGAAGGUUGUUUUUUUUUUUUUUUUUCUGUUAUGAAAUGUGUAUAUAAACAGCUUUUUCAGUUGUUGAUGUUCUGCUUAAUCCGGUUUCUUUUCUAGUUGUUGCUUAGGAGAAAGAUGUAAGAGCAUUUGAUUCAGAUAAAAUCCUGAAAAAGGAAGCUUUGUGACCUCA